CAAAAGUAGCAUUUAUUAUGAAACGCAUAAAAGAACACUGAUACUGAAGUAAAUGAGCAUUCUAUUUCUUAUCUGGGAGGUCUUGAGAGUGAUUGCAGGCGUGAUAGGACAAAGGAAGCCUAGUGUUCAGUUUUUAAUUUACUCAAUAUUUCUGUAUUCGAAUGCUUUAUGACCCUGUUUGUGUAGUCUGUGCAAAAAUAGUGGAUAGGAGCAACCAGGAGUGUGCCAAACCAGUAGGAAGACAAGGAAGCGGAAGCAAUCAAGAGCACGCACACGGAUUGGGCAGAUUUUGCCUCAAUGUUGGAAUAUACGGUCGUCUCCGCCUCACGUCUGCAGACCAGUUAUUUCGCUACAUUGUUGGUGUCGCGAAAUCCGGGAUCCGCACCUUCGGAGGCAUCCCUUCACAUCACGAACAUGGCAAACUCGGACUAGAUGCGGAAGAAGCACGGGGUCAUCAGACCUGGUGUCACGCGAGCGCUAGCACUCUUAACGAACCCGCUGCAGCAACUGGAUCCCGAUGCCUCUCAAGUUACCAGCCACAUGAAUUACCUCACAGACAAGGAGGCAGUACUGUUGAGGUUUGACGACGUCAUUCUUGCAGCAGGGGAUGAAGAAAACAUCAACCAGGAAAAUCGAAGCGGUGCACGAAUACAACAAAAAGAUUCUCUACGGCAUGUCACGCGUGAAGUUCUGGUUGCAACAGCGUGAGAGGACCACCAGAAUGCACGCUGAAGCAGCUGGACCCAGGUCGAACAACUUCGACCAUCCGAGGUCCGGCAACGCAGCAGCAGCAACAGCACCAAGAGUAUUCCCUCCUCGCGGGCAUGGUCGUGGUGGGCACCUCCUACAAGGCGACCACAGCGACAUCCUACUGGCAGAAAUAGCAGCAGCUGCAGGUGCCCGACGACUCGUAAGUCGUGUACCAACCACCGCAGCCGAGCAACGAGUUUUCCAGCAGGUCGGGUCAUGCGCAAUGUGGCGGUAUAUGUGUCCCAAGAUUGACUGCCUGCCAAACAGAAUGACCACCUGUGCCGGUGGUGAUGGCCACCAUGAGUCCAGCAACCACCAGGACGACGGGUUCACGCAUCAGGGCCAGCUGCAGUCCUUCCUCGCGUACCAGCACCAGGCGCACCAGCAACAGCAGAAGUGGGACCGGGACAGCUACCUGCCUUACCAGGAUGGGGUGCCGGGCAUCAACGGACAGGGCGACGGCAACGCUCCGCCUACAGAUGCGGCACUGCAUCGCUGGGCAGGGUGGAUGGUGGGAGCGCCUUGUUCGCCUUGAAGCGAUCUCUGGGAUGCAGCAGCAUCAACGUGGAAGCACUGACAACUGUGGGGUGCGAGGUCGAAGCAGUGAUUAACAGUAGGCCACUAAGAUAUCUCGAGAGUGAACCUGACGAGCUCAAGCCAUUAACCCCGUCGCAUUUCCUGCGGGGAAAAUGCAGCCUUUCACUACGGCAACAGAUUUCCGCCUGGGAGUUUCCGACCGCGGCAGACUUGCAACGCAAGGCUUGUCAUCGCCAGCGUCUAACAGACGAACUUUGGAAGAGAUGGGGGCGAGCAUACCUGCUACUGCUACGGUCAGCACAUAACCAUCCAAUCUGCCCCUCAGCCA